AUGGCUCUACUCGACGAUCCCGAGUGUUUCGAUUCGGAUGCCAGCACUCCCAGACGUCCUGUUGACAAGCUGUUUCGGCGUGUGCAGCAGCAGCGAACAGCUCAUCAAAAUAUCUGUUCUGUCCGCAUGCUUGCAUAUCACUACAUGUAUUAUCGCAAUCAUCGUUUGCGUUCAAAAGGUCCAUUUUUCAAAAUGGUUUAG